AUGCGGUUACAAUCGCUUGUCACAGCUGCUUUGCUGGUUACUUCAGCCUUCGCUAUAACCAUCUCUCUGGAUACCACAACUCGUGGAACCUUAGCGGCAUUCGUUGGAACAACGACGGUUAACCCCGGUGUAUACUGGUCUAUCAUUAACAAUGCUAUCACCAACUUCUUGGGAAGUCUUCAAGUUGAUGGUCAACUUUUCAUAAGUAGUAACUCCAACUUGAUUGGGUUGACGGUGGAAUUAUUGGGUGUUCUUAAUAGUAUCACCAACAACGGUGAUAUCUCCCUUGAUUCUUCUCGGUCCCUUCUUGCUCCAAACUACAACCUUGUUGGUCUUCGUUUCACAAACAACGGAAACAUGUGGCUCGCUGGUGAUGGUAGUGUUGGUACUCCUCAAAUGUCGAUCACUUCGCUUAACUGGAACAACAACGGUCUCAUUGUGUUUCAACAGAGAGUAUUGUCCAGUGGUUUCGUUACCCUUGGUUCAAUUGGUGGAACAAUUAAUAAUGCCGGUACAAUUUGCUUGCGGAAUGAAGUUUAUGAUCAAACCACUGCCAUCAAAGGAAGCGGUUGUUUUGACAUUGGUGAAAACAGUAACGUUUGGAUCCAAAAUUCACUUUUGAGUGUUGAUCCUAAUCAGACAUUCUACUUGAGUAGUCCAUCUUCCAGUAUGAGAGUGGAAGCACUUUCAUUCAGUCAGACUUUCAAGAUUGCUGGUUUCGGUAAUGGUAACACUUUGGGACUCAGUCUUCCUAUCUUCAGUUUCCUGUACUCGUCAUCUACUGGUAUCUUGAAAUUGUACACCACACUCAUCUUUUCCUUCAGCUUUGAUAUUGGAAAAGGUUACAACAGCAACAACUUUCAAAAGUUCACCACUGAUUUCGGAGGAAUACUUACCACUGUUAUCAAUGGUGGAAUAAGAUAUAAUGGACCUGUACCAGCUGGUGCUAACCAACCAACCGCAUGUAUGGCUUGUGCUCCUUUACCAACACCACCCGGAAUCGAUGAAACUUCCUCAUCAGUAGCGGCUUCUUCUAGUGCUGUUUCAUCCAGUGCUUCUUCAAGUGCUGCCUCCUCAAGUGCUGCCUCCUCAAGUGCUGCUUCCUCGAGUGCUCCAGCUUCGUCUAGUGCAGUUUCUUCAAGUGCUGCUUCAUCCAGUGCUGCUUCCUCGAGUGCUGCUUCAUCCAGUGCUGCUUCCUCGAGUGCUGCUGCUUCAUCCAGUGCUGCUUCAUCCAGUGCUCCAGCUUCAUCAAGUGCAGUUUCUUCUAGUCAAGCUUCUUCUAGUGCUCCAGCAUCGUCUAGUGCUGCUUCAUCCAGUGCUCCAGCUUCUUCAAGUGCUCCAGCUUCAUCCAGUGCUGCUUCAUCUAGCGCUCCAGCUUCAUCAAGUGCUGCUCUUUCUAGUCAAGGAUCUUCAAGUGCACCAGCAUCAUCUAGUGCCGCUUCCUCGAGUGCUGCUUCUUCCGGUGCUGCUUCAUCUAGUGUUCCAGCCUCCUCGAGUGCUGCUUCUUCCAGUGCUGCUUCAUCUAGUGCUGCUUCAAGUGAAGCAUCUUCUAGUGCUCCAGUUUCAUCCAAUUCUGCUUCAUCUAGUGCAGUUUCUUCUAGUCAAGCUUCAUCCAGUGCUCCAGCUUCAUCUAGUGCAGUUUCUUCAAGUGCUACUCCUUCAAGUGCUGCUUCGUCUGGUCCUGCUUCUUCAAGUGCUGCCUCUUCAAGUGCUCCGGCAUCGUCUAGUGCCGCUGCUUCAAGCGCUGCUUCAAGUAACGCAUCAUCCAGUGCUCCAGCUUCAUCAAGUGCUCCGGCUUCUUCUAGUGCUCCAGUAUCAUCCAGUGCUGCCUCAUCUAGCGUCCCUGUUUCAUCCAGUGCUCCAGCAUCUUCAUCUGCACCAGCUUCAUCUAGUGCUGCUUCUUCUAGUCAAGCAUCUUCUAGUGCUCCAGCAUCUUCUAGCGCUGCUUCAUCGAGUCAAGCCUCUUCGAAUGCUGCUUCCUCCAGUGCUGCUUCCUCCAAUGCUGCUUCGUCUAGUGCCCCAGCAUCUUCAAGCGCUGCCUCUUCGAGUGUACCAGCUUCAUCUAGUGCUGCUUCGUCUGGUGCGACAUCUUCUAGUCAAGCAUCUUCAAGUGUGCCAGCUUCAUCAAGUGUUGCUUCCUCAAGUGUUGCUUCCUCGAGUGCUCCUGUUUCAUCUGGUCAAGCUUCAUCUAACGCACCAAGUUCGUCUAGUGCUGCUUCUUCGAGUGCUCCAGUUUCUUCGAGUCCUGCUUCAUCUAGUGCUGCUCCUUCAUCGAGCGUUGCUUCAUCUGCUGCCUCAUCUGCUGCCUCAUCUGCUGCCUCAUCUGCUGCCUCAUCUGCUGCCUCAUCUGCUGCCUCAUCUGCUGCCUCAUCUGCUGCCUCAUCUGUUGCUUCAUCCGCUGCUUCAUCCGCUGCUUCAUCUGCUGCUUCGUCUGCUGCCUCAUCUGCUGCUUCGUCUGCUGCUUCGUCUAGCGCCCCAGCUUCAUCCAGUGGUGCUUCCUCAAGCGAUCCCGCUUCCUCGAGUGCUCCAGCAUCUUCCAAUGCUGCUUCUUCAAGCCAAGCUUCUUCUACCGGACCAGCAUCUAGUGCAGCUUCAUCUAAUGCCGCUUCAUCUAGUGCUGCGUCAUCUAAUGCUCCUGCUUCAUCUGGUGCAGCAUCAUCUAGUGCUUCUGCUUCUUCUGGUGCUUCUUCCAGCUCUCCAGCUUCCUCGGGUGCUGUUUCUUCUAGCCAAGCUUUCUCAAGCCAAGCCUCAUCUAGCGCACCAGCCUCUUUGAGUGCUCCUAUUUCGUCAAGCGCAGCCUCUUCAGGAGCAGCAUCUUCGAGCGGAUCGGCUUCUUCGAGUCAAGUUUCAUCUUCUGGACCUGCUUCUUCAAGCGCUCCUGGUUCUUCUAGUGCGGCUCCUUCGACAGGACCAGCUUCCUCGGGCGCGGCUUCAUCUUCUGGACCAGCAUCUUCAAGUGCACCAGCUUCAUCAGGUCAAGUAUCAUCUACUGGACCUGUGUCUUCUAGCGUGGCUUCUUCAAGCAAUCCCACUUCCUCAUCACAAGCAUCAUCUGGUCAGUGCGUUGGGUGUACUGAAUUCCCUACCACAUUCGUUACCACUAAUUCAGCCGGCAAGACAGAAACUGACACUGGUAAGGUAGUUAUCACAACUGACACAACAGGACAUCUGACAACUUACACUACUGACAUUGGACCUAUCUGCCCACAAUGUACUCUGUUCCCAACAACAUUUGUUACGACCAAUUCAGCUGGCAAUACCGAGACUGAUACCGGAAAUGUUAUUGUCACCACUGAUACCACUGGACACUUGACAACUUAUACCACUGACAUUGGUCCCGUCUGCCCACAAUGCACUGAGUUCCCAACUACUUUUGUGACGACCAAUUCUGCUGGAAAGACGGAAACUGAUACUGGUAAGGUUAUCGUGACCACCGACACAACUGGACACUUGACGACUUACACCACCGAUAUUGGACCCGUAUGCCCACAAUGUACUCUGUUCCCAACGACUUUCGUUACGACCAAUUCAGCUGGCAAGACUGAGACUGAUACCGGAAAUGUUAUUGUCACAACCGAUACUACUGGCCAUUUGACAACUUAUACCACUGACAUCGGACCCGUCUGCCCACAAUGUACUCUGUUCCCAACCACUUUCGUGACGACCAAUUCGAAUGGAAAGACUGAGACUGACACUGGAAAUGUGAUCGUCACAACUGAUACUACUGGACACUUGACCACUUACACAACUGAUAUUGGUCCUGUCUGCCCACAGUGCACUCUGUUCCCAACUACUUUUGUGACGACCAAUUCUGCCGGAAAGACUGAGACGGAUACUGGAAAUGUCAUUGUCACCACUGAUACUACUGGACACUUGACCACUUACACAACUGAUAUUGGUCCCGUUUGUCCUCAAUGUACUCUGUUCCCAACAACAUUUGUUACGACCAAUUCAGCUGGCAAUACCGAGACUGAUACCGGAAAUGUUAUUGUCACCACUGAUACCACUGGACACUUGACAACGUAUACCACUGACAUUGGUCCCGUCUGCCCACAAGGCUCUGAUUUGCCCACCACAUAUGUUACCACCAACUCCAAUGGUCAAACAGAAACUGACACUGGAAAGGUUAUUGUUACAACUGACGGAAGCGGUCACUUGACAACUUAUACCACUAGCACUGGACCAGUUUGUCCUCAGUGUACCGAGUUCCCAACAACAUAUGUUACCACGAACUCUGACGGAAAGACUGAAACCGACAAUGGAAAGGUUAUUGUUACAACUGACGGAAGCGGUCACUUGACAACUUAUACCACUAGCACUGGACCAGUUUGUCCUCAGUGUACUGAGUUCCCAACAACUUAUGUUACCACGAAUUCUGAUGGAAAGACGGAAACUGACACUGGAAAGGUUAUUGUUACCACUGAUGGAAGCGGUCACUUGACGACGUACACAACCAGCACUGGUCCAGUUUGUCCUAAGUGCACCAAGGUUCCAACGACCUUUGUAACAACCAAGACCGAUGGAUCUGUGUCUACCGAGACUGGUAAUGUUAUCGUUACAACCGACUCUGCUGGCCACUUGACCACUUACACGACAGACUUGGGACCAUUGUGCACGGCUUGUACCGAGUACACCACCGUUGUUCCUGAAGGAACUGGAUCUGUUACGAGCAAGGUUAUUGUGACCACCACCAAGGGUAUCACAGUCACAACCACAGUUCCAUGUGACACUGCUGAAACUGCCAAAGCCAAAACCGUCAGUGAUAUCAGCACUACAAUUGUCACCAUCACCAGCUGCUCCAACGGCAAGUGUACAGCCAACGAGGUUACCACAGGUGUCACCACUGUCACCAAGCCUCGAUACACUUAUACCACCUACUGUCCAUUGCCUGAAACGGAAAGCCCUGCCAAAGAAAGCCCAGCUUCAGAAAAUCCAGCUAAAGCAGGAACAAGUCCAGCUUCCGUUCCUUCCGCUCCAGCUUCACCAUCUUCUCCAGGCGGUUCUCAGCCCUCAGAAUCAAACCCAGCUACUGUCGCAGGUACUGCUCGUCCUACUGGCUCAGUCACAAACCAACCAAACCAACCAAACCAGCAAAACUCUCAAAACUCCCAGAUUUCAGUCACCCCGUCUGGCGCCCAAUCUUCCCCAACAGUAGCAGCCCAAGUCCAUGCUUCCGCCACCGGAGGAGCCGCCACCAUUCAGCCCUUCUCGUUCGCCAUUGCCAGUGCACUUUUCAUUGGAAUUUUAUUCUAG